AUGGUGGCGGGCGCGUUCCCGCUGGCCAAGCUGCUGACGCUGGGCGCGCGCCAGCUCAGCCGGCCCCUGGCCGCGCGCAUCAAAGCGGGAGCGCGCGCGUCCCCCUUCUUCCGCACCUACAUCUGCCUGCCCCCCGCCCAGCUUUACCACUGGGUAGAGAUGCGAACCAAGAUGCGCCUGCUUGGCUUCCGGGGGGCCGCCGUGAAGCCCCUGAACGAGGAGGCAGCAGCUGAGCUGGGGGCAGAGCUGCUGGGGGAGGCGCUGGUCUUCGGGGUUGGGGGGCUCUGCCUCUACCUCGAGUACCUGCGGCAGGCGGGGCAGAGCCGGCGCCGCGAGGAGCACCUGGAGCAGACCCUGAGCGACCUCCGGCACGGCCUUGAGCAGCUCCAGAGGGACCUGGAGGAGCUGCGGGCCCAGGGAUACGCCCAGGGUGGGGCUGGACACGCCCAGGGUGGGGCUGGACACGCCCAGGGAACCUCAGGACACACCCACACUCAAGCUGUGAAUGGCGCUGCAGGGGUUAACCCCACCCCUGUAGGUUCUGGACACACCCCCACCGGUUCUGGACACGCCCCUGUCCCGACAGGCCACGCCCCUGUCACGACAGGCCACACCCCCACGCAUUAA